CACUACAAAGAUUCAUCCUCACACGACACCGUUUUCAUCCGCUCCACCUCCACGGCACUUGGCUUUAGCCCCGCCACUCUCACUAUUUCAUUUCCACUUAUGCCCCUACCCGGCGUUCCAAAUUUCAAUUCGUUCGAUUUCGCCAAACACUCGAUACAAGAAACUUCGAUUUUCGAUCGCGGAGAAUCGAAACCCUAAUUGUCACCCUUCUUGGGCUUUUGUUUUUUUGUGUGGUUUUAGUUUCCAAGGUUUUGAUCCGUUUCGGAAUGGGCGAUCGAGGAGAAGACGAGGAUUUGCAAAUGGCGAUUCGGAUGAGCAUGACGCCAGAGCCGAAGCGCAGCAAGCCACGCGACGCCGUCGCCGGGGCGGUCUCGGUAUCACCGGAAGACUCGCCGGAGUCCAAGACCAGGCGUCGGGAGCUCAUGGCGGCGGCUGCGGAGAAGCGGAUGGCGGCGGCGGUGAGGCUUUCGCCUUCGAAACCACCGCCGGCGAGGCUUUCACCUUCGACGCCACCGCCGGCGAUGAAGGGUGGUGAAUUGGGGAGGAGAGUGGAGGAGCCGCGGUUGAAGGGUGUGAAUUCGAGUAAGGAGCUUUCUGCGGAUGUGGCUAAUCAGUUGUUUACUAUGGUGUUUGGGAAUGAAGUCUCUAAGGGCAUUCUUGCACAGUGGAGCAACCAGGGAAUACGGUAUAGCUCUGAUCCUGUAACAUCAAUGGGCCUAGUGCAACAUGAAGGCGGCCCCUGUGGCGUUUUGGCAGCAAUACAAGCAUUUGUGCUUAAAUACAUCAUUUUCUUCAGUGAUGAGUUGAAAGAUGCAUUGUACAUGCCACAUAAGGGUCUGGGUGCAUCAUUUAAAAGUCAAUCUGUUCCAUCAUAUAAUUUUUCUUCUCUCACUGAAGGUGUAAAAGUAAGCAGAGCCCUUGUAAGAAGUAUGGGUGAAAUUUUAUUUUCAUGUGGAAGUAAUAGAAGGGCUGUAAUUGCAACUUUGAGCAUUCCAGAGAAUGACAUUCAGCAUUUUGAAGGGACAUCAGAGGAUGAGGUUAUUGCAAAAUCACUUAAAGGUCUUUCCAUUGAAUCUGCCUUGGAUCUGCAGAAAGUUCUUAGAGUUGAAACAUGCACAUCACAAACAACUGCAUUGCAAAGGCUGGAAGCAAAUCUUUCCUUAUUCCAAAGUCGAAUGGGAGCAUUGCUUUUCCUAAUAUCUGCUUUACUUUCUCGGGGGCUGGACUUGGUCCAAAGUGACCGGGAUGAUCCUAGCCUACCACUGGUUACUGCACCUUUUGGACAUGCCUCCCAGGAAAUUGUGAACCUACUGCUUUGUGGGGAGGCUGUCCCUAAUGUGUUUGACGGAAGGAUGGAUUUAGGUGGAGGAAUGUUUCUGAAAGGUAUAUCCCGAGAUGUGGAAGUUGGAUUUCUCACCCUACUAGAAUCCCUGAAUUUUUGUAAGGUUGGUCAAUUUCUGAAAUCCCCAAAGUGGCCAAUAUGGGUUGUUGGGAGUGAAUCCCAUUACACAGUGCUGUUUGCUCUUGACCCUAGCGUCCAAAAUGAGAAUGAACUAGAAGGAAGGGAAACUCAGAUUCGCAAAGCUUUUGAUGCACAAGAUCAGAGUGGAGGUGGCGGCUUCAUUAGUGUGGAAGGGUUCCAUCAAGUGCUUAAAGAAACAAAUAUCAAAUUUCCACCAGAUAAGCUAGAACAUCUUUGCUCUGCAGGUUUCAUUGUAUGGAGUGAAUUCUGGCAAGUGAUUUUGGAUCUUGACCAAAGCUUGGGAGGUUUGAAGGAUUCAUCAGGAUUGAUGGGUAGGAAGGUUUUUGAUCUAUACCAUUUUAAUGGGAUUGCUAAAUCAGAUCUGAAUGGCAGUCAAGUAAUUUCUGGGGGUGAAACUCCAUUGCAAAGACCCCGGCUAACAAAAUUGAGAGUUUCAGUUCCUCCAAGGUGGACGCCUGAGGAAUUUAUGGCAGAUGUGAAAGUUUCGACUGCUUCUACUGCAAGUGAGUCUGUUGGGAAGGACAAUGAAGAAUCUAAACCAGAGUCUUCUCAGCAUGCACCUUUGGUGGACUGCAUAAGGACACGCUGGGCCCGGGCAGUCUGCAGUUGGUCAGGGGAUCCUCCUAGUAUAGUUUGAGUUG